UAUUCAAGAAGAAAUCUUAAAAAUGUCCGAUUUUAACAAAAGUAAAACUUCCAUCCAUUAUAGAGAACACAAGAGGCUAUCCUCCAUAGCUAGGAUAAGUACCUUAAGUAAUCGGAAUAUUAAUAAAUCUAAACAUGUGCGAAUCUACCUACCCACCUAUCAACUGAACCCCAAAGUGCGUUUCAAUAUCGAGAAAGUCGGGAAGAUUUUGAGAAAUAUCGUCGAUGCGGAACUCGAAGAGGUUCAAUACAACGACAAGGCGAUCCCAGAAUUAUGCUUGAACCUGGCUGAAUCUAUCCGCUUAGCGAUUAAAGAACAAAACUAUGACAGAUACAGGAUAAUAGUAUGUGUGAGUAUUGGACAGAAACGACAGCAAGGAGUUCAUGUAUACCACUCAUUUUUAUGGGACCCCGAUCGUGAUGUGUACGUCGCGCACAACUUCGAGAAUUGCCAUAUAUUCGCCAAUAUUGUUGUCUAUGGUAUUUAUUUAGACUAAACGCUGCAGUUAUAUAACUUGAAAUAUCUAGCUUUGUUGACAGUUUGUUUGUGGUGACAAAAUGCCUUGUAGCUAUACGUUGGGCUGUAAUAAAAAAGCUGACUAUUGCAAACCAUUAAUUGUUAAAUAAAUGGAAGCUAUUUGUAUACC